UUUAGGUUUGCUUCAAAAAUAAAAUCCUUGAUUUCCAAAUAGAGAUGAUUUGAAUCAUUAUAAAUUAACUCCUCGAUUUCCAAAUCUGAGAGUACAACUAAAGUUGGGGAGCUUAAAGGAUCAGUAUCUAACUUCGAGAAAGUGUUAGAAGUAAGUAUAUCUUGAAAACUGCGAAACUCUGAGGGUCUAAUGACUGCAUGCUUUUCUCUGUUGAUCUGUCAUUCUGAAAUUUUCCCAUGAAAUUUGGAAAAGUUUCAUGUUCAUAUUUCUUUUCCUUCUUGGGUACAUGUGGAUGGCCACAAAACUUGAUCCACAUGAUGCUUAUGUUAGUUUGGUUUACAAAAUAUUUAAUAGGGAUAUGAAUCCGUAUCUAUUGCAAUUUUUGUUUCCAAGAUUUAAAACCUUGUAGGCAUUUUGUUGGGCUUGGUGAGCAGCUGAUAUCAUCUGACAUAGGGGCUGCACUUGACGGCUUCAAGAUGGAAAUUCUUAUAUCAAGUGUGAUUUUGACUGUUCAGCUACAUUUUCAUUUUGUCUAACAACCAAAAACAAAAACUAUCAGGCACGGACACUCAUGAAAAUGGGAGGGCAAGAAGUACCAAUAGAAUUCGUGCAUGACAUUGUUGCUUUACAAUUUAGGAAAAAAGAAUUUGAGUAUCGUUACGGCUUGCUUUCUUUUCAAUUUUGGCUAUUAGCGUCAAUAAUUUUCUUCAUUUCAGUCGGCGCUCGACAAUUUUAAGAAGGCUCUGGUUGAUGGAAUAUGGAUUACCUUUCUCGAUAAAAAGGAAAAAUUAGAAAAAACAGGUGUAACUGUUAUAUGGUACAAGGAUGCUGGAAUUGUCCAUAUGCUGAUUGAAAUUGGUCACUCUGUUGACGUGCCACAUAAUAAAAUCCCAACCUUGUUCAAUCUGGCUAGAUUACUUUAGCAGUUAUACAAAACAGAAACAUCAAUUUGUCUCAAUCAGUUGAUACUUUACAAGGUAUGAUUACUCUUACACUCUUUUUUUGUAUUUGACAUUCCAUUUUGUGAUAAGUUUGUCUAUAGGUAAAAAUAACAAAGCUCUCAUGCUCUUCUUCUAGCAGUGACAACUUGGUCGCACCAAUGAAUAGCAUAACUACAGAACACUGUUGCAUCCACUCCAUGUAAGCAUCAAGAUCGUAUGGUAUCCUGAGCUUGAGAUUGCCUAGACUGUCAUUUGUUUUAAUUCUGUGAAUAGUACUUCUUGCUGGUCGAGGGUACACUCAAAUUACCCUAAGGAGUGAAUUACUCUCUCAAAUAAGAGGUUCAGAUGUAAUACUUAGGGAUUGAAUCCAUGUAGACUCUAGGAUUACACAAUAGAUUUAUAGUCUUCGAAAUAAAGCUAGAUUAAAAGGUUUUAAGCAGUAAAUGAAAUGGUGAGCAAGGCAGUUGCUUGAUUGGUUUGAUUUGAACCUGUUGAUAGUUGGGAAAUAGCUAGAUUCAUGUAUGUUCUCAGGUAUGAUAAGUAGACAACUUAAUUUGGGGUUUUAGGGGUUUAUUGAUAUUAACUAGGUCAAAACCCGCUCUACGCGGCGGGAUAAAAUUUAUAAAUUUUGUUUAUUAGAUAUAUAAAAUAAUGGUGAUGUUAUAAGUGUUAUUGUUAAUUUUUUUUCUUCUUUUAAAUAUGAAUUUCUUGGCUUAAUUAUAUAUUAUAAUGGUAAGUAUUUAUUAUCCAAACAAAUGACGAGUUUUCCUAGAAUUUUAUUUUAGGUAGUAUUAUUUGAUAUUACAUACUCAAAAAGAUUUAUAAAAGAAUUGCAAAAAUUUAGAAUUUACUGUAAAGUUGUUUUUUGUCAAAUUGUAAAGUUGUUUUUUAUUUGUUCUAUAAAAUCAAUUCAUAAAUUUUAAAGUUAUAUGUUUCAUUUAUUGUAAUAAGUGUUUUAUUUGAUUCUGAUCAAAAAUAUUCUAUAAGUAAAAAGACAGAUUUAUGAUAAGUUUCUUUUUGAAAGACAAUGGUUUUCUUCUCUCUCUCUCUAUUAUAAGAUCGACGAUCUCAUUACACUCUACUUUAGCAAACCAACUGGUAUGUAGUAGUCAAUAAAUUGCUGAUGCCUAGGCCUGCUACAUAUGCAACCGCGUGCAGACUAAUAUUUCAAAUUCGUAUGUUUCUUUGUUUAAUAUGUAUGUUUCCGAUUUUGAUGUUGCCAUUUGCCAGACUAAUAAUUAAAAGGAACAUAGAAAAUAUGGGAUUUGGAAUUUUGGAAUUUUGGAAUUUCAUGUGUUAUAAAAAGCAUUUCAUAUGCUAUACGAAAACAAAAAUCAUGUGCUAAUGUGUUAUCCCUUAGGUAUUUCAUGAAAUGGAUAUAGUUUUUCUUUGGUAUUCCAAGUUUCUGUAAACAGGGUCAAUCUAAAACAAUGUCCGGACCAUCAAACUCGGUGUUUUCAUAAACGAAAGUUUUUGUAAAUCCCAUUCCUCUUUCAGUUUUGAACCUUCUUUCCUAUCAACUCUUUCUCUUUGUUAUGUGCUUUACGUGACUAUGUCCACAGUCUUCACUAUUUCUCAUGCACCUUAACAUUACCAACAAUCAAGCGAUAUAUGGAUCAUAAAAGGUAAGUAACACACAUGCUUAAAAUCUCAGAGAGUUCAAACUUUGUAAUUUGAUAUAAUAUGAGAGGGAAUAGCAUUAAUGGUAAAACUUAAGAGAGAUAAAAGAUGCUAACAAAACAGUUCAAAUGAAGUAGCGUACUUUUCAUUGCACGCUUCUUGGGUUCUGCAUACCCUAUAGACUGUUUAUGUAUGGAUCUCAAAUCAACUUCAUUACCCAGAUUAGAAAAAUAAUAAAAAUGUUCAACAUUACCCUUUAUAUAUACUCUUCUGUCUAAGGAACUGGUAUCUCGUACUCACCAUAUCUAAAUGAAUGAAUUGUAAUCUCGGUUUCAAAGGUUAGCCUGUUCCAUUCUAGAUGAGAAUCAUAUCACUAAAAAGGUUAUAUCAAACACAAUUGUUAGUCUUACUGAUACGUUUUAAGGAACAAAGUGACAUACUUUCGGUAAGCACACAACACAAGUGUGGUCUGUAGGUCUAUUGAUUGAUGAAGUUUCUCAGUUGUUGAGGCUCCAUCAAAGCUCCAAAUAUAAACAUGUUUUUCUCAAGCAUUUGUUUCCCCACUUGACUGUCGGUAAAAUUAGAACCUUGUUCCAAAAAGAAAAAGCAUGGGAGAAUCUGCUUGCCUCAUGCAGCCAUUCUCAUACGCAGCUCCACAGGGAGAUUCUCUUGGUGCUUUAGGACAGUCAGUGUCCUUUGGGAGAUUCAUGUCUGAGAAAAUUGACUGGGAAAAAUGGUCAUCUUUCCCGACACAGAACCGUUAUGUGGCGGAGACAGAGAGAUACUCGAGGCCAGGGUCUGUGGCUCAGAAGAAAGCCUUCUUCGAAGCUCACUACAAGAAACUCGCUGCUGCAAGAAAAGCUGCUCCCGAAGAGGCACUCUUGCUCCGACAGCUAACCUCUGAUGAGUUGGUUCCAGUUCAAGAAGAUAUCAAUGGCGUAGGAAAGAAAGAAUCCGACCCGGUUCUUGAGAUUCCAAGAGCAUCUUUAGAUGCUGAAAUGAAAGUAGUUGCAGAAAAAGUAAGCAUGUCUGGUAAUAGACAGUCUGAUGAGAAAGAGAAGCGUGGGAAAGACAAGUCAGAGAUUAAUGGCAAAGGCUCUACAGUUAAAGAAGAACAACAGGUUGAAGAGAAAACGCCUAGGAUCCUUAAGGAAUAUUUUUUUUAUUAAAGUUUUUUUUUCCCUGGCUUCUUGUUCUUCAUCUGUUAGUUGUUUGCAGAAGAAGAAAUACAAAUUAAAGAAGCACAACCAAAGAGCAGUACAAAGCCGAGAGUGUCUAAGCUCAAUAUAUCAGAGAGGACUCCAAGUCAAAAGCCUAGUAGUAACAAGAGCAGCUCUUACAAUUUCACACCAGCAAAAGAGUUCAAUAGGCUAGUGUCCAUGAUAAGGAAGAUUGAUGGGUCAACAAGAGCUUCUUGUUCUUCUAAGCUACAAACCAAAGAAUGCAAAACUCCUCUCCGGACACCAUCAAGCAAUAAUAAGGUGAGUGUUUCACUCAUUUUAUGUUAGGGUAAACCAAGAGUGCCUUAUGUUCUUGUGAUUGGAUUAACUGUAGGUGUCUGCAAAGGGAAUUGUGGAGGACUCUUUGUUCACCACACCUUUGUCUAGUAACAGAAGGUAAAACACACUGCCUCAAUUAACUCUACUUAAAUGAUGUGUGGUUAGAGAAGUAACUCAUCAGGUGUUAAAAGUAAAUGCAGAGCUCAUGAUUCUUCUACCAAGACAGGUCGAGGAAGAUGGAAUUUCCUUCCUGCAAAGUAAGAACACAUCUUUAAUUAAAUGAAUUAUUGCACAAUUCAUAUGGUUAAUGUGUGUGUUUUUACUUGUUUAUUGGGGGUUAAAAAUCAGGACGCCGAGCUACUUCACACCGUUUGGAUUAAGAACAGAGGAGAGAGCAGAGAGAAGAAAAAAGGCAAGAUGAGCUUUGAGUUUAUUUUUCUUUUCUUGGUUUCUAUGCUUUCUUCUUUGUGGCUUACGAUUUGUAAAUGGUUCUUGAUGUUUCAGACGCUAGAGGAGAAAUUCAAAGCCAUGGAGGCACAUAAGGAGAAGGAGAGGAAUGUGGAGAAAGAAGAGAGUAAACUAAGGCAAA